GCAUCCAACCUGCUGUCGCCGCGGCCGGGCCGAGCGCAGCAGGCGCCACGCGCAGAGCACACGCUCGCGCUCCAGCUCCGGGCCUCCGUCGUUCAUGACCGUGACCUCCGGCCCCAGGCUCCCCCAGUCUCCUGCUGCAGCCUCUUCGGACGCUCCCGGCAGCCCCCUCAACCAAGCGCUUUGAAGCUUGCCUGCUCCCCUGCUCGCUGCCCGCUAGCGGCUGCCCGGCUCAGCUGGCACCAUGCUGCCCGCGCGCGUCUGCCUGCUCACGCCUCACUUGCUGCUCGUGUUGGCGCAGCUGUCCCCGGCCGUGGGCCACCGCACCACCGGCCCCAGGUUUCUAAUAAGUGACCGUGACCCUCAGUGCAACCUCCACUGCUCCAGGACUCAACCCAAACCUGUCUGUGCAUCUGAUGGCAGGACCUAUGAAUCCAUGUGUGAGUACCAGAGAGCCAAGUGCAGAGACCCAGCCCUGGGCGUGGUCCAUCGAGGUAGAUGCAAAGAUGCUGGCCAGAGCAAGUGUCGCCUGGAGAGGGCUCAGGCCUUGGAGCAGGCCAAGAAGCCUCAGGAGGCUGUGUUUGUCCCAGAGUGUGGUGAAGACGGCUCCUUCACACAGGUGCAGUGCCAUACUUACACGGGGUACUGCUGGUGUGUCACCCCAGAUGGGAAGCCCAUCAGUGGCUCUUCCGUGCAGAAUAAAACUCCUGUGUGUUCAGGUCCAGCCACCGACAAGCCCUUGAGCCAGGGUAAUUCAGGAAGAAAAGUCUCCUUUCGUUUCUUUUUAACCCUCAACUCAGAUGAUGGCUCUAAGCCCACGCCCACGAUGGAGACCCAGCCUGUGUUCGACGGAGACGAAAUCACAGCUCCUACCUUAUGGAUUAAGCAUUUGGUAAUCAAGGAUUCCAAAUUGAAUAACACCAAUGUUAGAAACUCAGAGAAAGUCCACUCUUGUGAUCAGGAGAGGCAGAGUGCCCUGGAAGAGGCCCGGCAGAAUCCCCGUGAGGGCAUUGUGAUCCCUGAGUGUGCCCCUGGUGGGCUCUAUAAGCCUGUGCAAUGCCACCAGUCCACAGGCUACUGCUGGUGUGUCCUCGUGGACACAGGGCGCCCAUUGCCUGGGACUUCUACCCGCUAUGUGAUGCCAAGUUGUGAGAGCGAUGCCAGGGCCAAGAAUGCAGAGGCAGAUGACCCUUUCAAGGACCGGGAGUUACCAGGCUGUCCUGAAGGGAAGAAGACGGAAUUUAUUACCAGCCUACUGGACGCCCUCACCACAGACAUGGUUCAGGCCAUUAACUCAGCAGCGCCCACUGGAGGUGGGAGGUUCUCAGAGCCAGACCCCAGCCACACCCUGGAGGAGCGAGUGGCACACUGGUACUUCAGCCAGCUGGACAGCAACAGCAGCGAUGACAUUAACAAGCGGGAGAUGAAGCCGUUCAAGCGCUACGUGAAGAAGAAAGCCAAGCCCAAGAAAUGUGCCCGGCGUUUCACCGACUACUGUGACCUGAACAAGGACAAGGUCAUCUCACUGCCUGAGCUAAAGGGCUGCCUGGGUGUUAGCAAAGAAGGUGGUAGCCUUGGCAGCUUCCCCCAGGGAAAACGAGCAGGCACAAACCCAUUCAUUGGACGCCUUGUCUAAGGAGCAGACAAAUUGAAAGGCCAGUGGAGAGUCCGAGGAGACAGAACUGACCAUCAGACAUCCAACCUUCAGCGCUGCCCGUGGCCCAGCCCCAGCCCAUGUAACAUAAGUGGUGCCCGCCAUGUUUGCACUUUUAAUAACUCUUAUGUGUGUGUUUUGUUUCUGCUUUCAUCUGUAAGCACCAGUUAUCUGAUACCACAGUGGGAACAGGAAAGGGAAGAAAAGUUGUUUAUUCUCUCUUUUAUUGUUAUGUUUUUGGAUCUGCUACUGACAACUUUUAGGUUAUCGGGGGGGGGGGGGGGAAGGUGUCGUUGGGAUUGAGAGGAAAGAGAUUUAUAUCUGUACAUAAAUAUAUAUGUAAAUUGUAUAGUUCUUUUGUACAGGCAUUGACAUCACUAUGUGUCCCUUCCCUUCCCUCUCCUUCCACUGGACGCACAGUCCAGCUUCCUCUGAUCGUAUCCUUAGCUUACCUGAGUUUCACUGGAGAUGGACUCUGUAUGAGAGUAGAUGGGAGCUCUGUGCUUGUGCUGUGGACACCAUCAGUUCCCUUCUGUUGCAUGCCGCCAGCUGUCAAAGUCCAGUCACUUGGCCAUUGGCUGGGUAGGAGGGGAGCUCAGCUUCUGCGGUGGCCAGCAUGGACUCCCAUUCUACAUGCCCACGUGGACCUGCUAUCCAGGUCCCUUGGAAGUCUAGGGUAAAUACCUGAGCAAAUUACACUUGAGCAGGUUGAAUUUGGCUGCUUUAAACAUUCCCACCCGUGUUUAGCAGCUCCCCCAUGUAGAACACAAGAAGGGGAGACACCAAGCAUGCGAGGAAGAGGACAUCCAGCAGGGCUUUCCUUCAGCAGGUGUUUGUCAUCUGAGGAGAUGGCGAAGAGGACAGAAGGCCUGCACCAGCCCUUCUGCAAACCCACAAGAGAGUCUCCACAAGCACGUUUCUCCUGCCACUAGACUCAGCCUGGGCUUUACUUCCAUGCUCUCCCUCCAUCUCUCACCCUCAUCCUCACC